AUGAAGAUGCACGAAUAUUGUUGUUGUGCCAUUCCCCUUCUCAAUGUUGGGAUUUAUACCGUCAUCGCCGAACAGUUUAUCAUGGGUGUAGUAGUUGGUACACUCUCGAUUGCCACUCCUUUCAUUGUUGGGGCCUCCGUCCCGGGCUUUGCCCCAUGGGUACUCGCCAUCGUAUGCUACGUCGUUGCGGGAAUACAGCUAUUCGGGUUUAUUGGCGUGUUCAAGGAGAAAGCAGGUCUAUUUCACAAAUACGUGAUGGUUAACUCGGUUGUCGUAAUGGGUGCCUUUGGAGUUGCAGCCGCGUUUAUCGCCAUCUCUGGCACCCGACACAACACCGCUACCGACCGAUGCCAAGCUACUUUCUUCAGCGGAAACUCAACCGCCUCAGCCUCGGCUUCAAGCGACACGGGCGAGGGGAGACAAGUCUGCGAUGUGUUUACUUGGGUUAUUCUAGGACUCAUGGCUGGUUUGUGGGUAACACUUGCGUUCUUCCAGGCGUACCUCCUGAUGGUCACGCGUUUCUACUCGCAAUCCCAACGUGCUGACCACAAAAAAUAUUAUUCCAUCUACUCCCAGAUCGAUAUUCCCCUCAACGAUAGGAAUAACGACAAUGAUGCGUGGAACGCCCGUCCCAGCACAGAUUCAUGGCAUGCGGGCGCCGCGAUGGGCGCUAACGAAGCCCAGCAUAGACGCCAACAUAGUGCCGCGGCAUAUGACGAGAAGUACGACUCGGAGCCGUCAUAUGGGGUAAAGAGACAGGACUCGGAUAGAUCUUUUGCUGAACCUCACAGGCCUAUUGGGAACGAGCAGCCAUACCAAUACAGACAAUAA